GUGUUUUCUAGUUGCGUUUGUAAACCAGGAAGAUGGGCCCCGGUGUCGCUAAAUGGAUUAUAACAGUGGCGUUUUGCUGGUUUAUCCAAAUCGCUAGUGGCAGUGGAGUGGAGCAGAAGAUUUAUGUGGAGUUGAAUAACACAGUGCCAUGCGUCCGGCUGCUCAACGCCACGCAUCAGAUGGGCUGCCAGUCCUCUAUAUCAGGAAACACGGGGGUUCUCCACCUGCUGGAGACUGAUGCCCACCUGGAGACAAUACUGAAUACAGGCCCCCAUGCACCCUACAUGGUACUAAUGGCGGCAGCAUACUUUAACAGCACGGUCAUGGGGCGGAUGAGGAACUCCAGUAGGAUAGCUGGGGUUGCCGUGGUGAUGCCCAGCUCUGGCCCUGCUGCAGGCUUCUCACCACACAACACAUGCCCCAACCAGUUCACAGGCGUAUACUCAGACAGCUAUGGUCCUCGGCUAGCAGAUUGCAAUGGCACCGUAUGGAAUCCCCUUGGAAACGGACUGUCUUUUGAGGACUUCAAAUUCCCCAUAUUCUCCAUGAAGGAAGACAACCAGACUGAAGUCAUUCGCAAGUGUAUCCUGGAGCACAACAUGGGUGUGAAUGGCAGUGCGCCGGCGUACCCGCUGUGUGCCAUGCAGCUCUUCUCCCACAUGCACGCAGUCACCAGCACCGCCACCUGCAUGAGGCGCAACGACAUCCAGAACAACUACAGCCUCAACCCAGAGACGGUGUGCGAUCCGCUUGGAGACUAUAAUGUGUGGGCUCCCCUCCGACCAAUCAACAUCACCGAGAAGGGACACAAAGUCAAUGAGAGUGUGGUUGUCGCGGCAACCAGGUUGGACGGCAGGUCGUUCUUCUGGGACGUUGCCACGGGAGCGGAGGGCACCGUGGGGGGAUUCGUCACGCUGCUGGCCGCCUCGCAGGCUCUCAAGCCCACCGCACAGCUGGCACCGCCCCCUCGCAACAUCCUCUUCACAUUCUUCCAAGGGGAGGCCUUUGACUACAUCGGUAGCUCGAAAAUGGUGUAUGACAUGGACAACAAGAACUUUCUGAUUGACUUGGAGAAUGUGCACUCUGUACUGGAGGUUGGACAGGUUGGACUGAGGAGAGACAAGGAGCUGUGGAUGCACACGGACCCGAUCUCAAGAAGAAACGACUCCACUGUGGAUGCAGAGGUGCAGACCCUGAUGAACAACCUGAGCACAGUGGCCACCUCCCUCGGUCUGCUGCUGCAGCAGCCCACCGUCUCCCAGCCCCUCCCCCCCUCCUCCUUCCAACGCUUCUUGCUGGCACGCAACAUCCCAGGGGUGGUACUGGCCGACCACCAGUCUGCUUUCAACAACAAGUACUAUGAGAGUGUGUAUGACAAUGCCGACUACCUGAAUGUCAGCUACCCUGCCGGCCUCACCCCAGAAGAGCAGCUGGUCUUCGUCACCGACACAGCAAAGGCGUUGGCGGAGGUGGCUACCCUGGUGGCUCGCUCGCUCUACCUGCAGGCGGGAGGAGAGGAAGGCCAGCUGAGCAGCAUCACCGCGGACCCCACCAUAGUGACGCAGCUGCUGUACGGUUUCCUGAUCCAGUCCAAUAACAGCUACUUCAGGUCCCUCACCAACCCCGAGGACAAAUCCCUACUGGAGAAUCAGGCCCCUCAGUUCUACGUGGGCGUGCCCAUCAUGGCCAGCACCAUCAAGAGGUCCACGCGCAUUGUGCAGUACCUGCUGGCCAACUACGUGGGGGAGGCCACCAGCCUCAACCUCACCAAGUGCCAGGACCCCUCCGGCAUGCCCGGCGAGAGCAAGGAGCUCUACUCCUACCUGUGGGUGCGCGGGGCUAACGGCUCGGAGCCCUCGCCGUACUGCGUGCGGUCUACGGUGCGGCGUACGCACGCCAUCUCCCCGGCUUUCGAGCUGAAGCAGUACGACUCGCGGACCUACUCCACCUGGACCGAGUCCCGCUGGAAGCAGAUCAGGGCACGCAUAUUCCUGGUGGCCAGUCACCAGCUGGAGAUGCUGACGCUAGGUGUUGGCUUUGCUGUGCUGCUGACGUCUCUGCUGGUCACCUACCUGGUCAGCAGUAAGGCUGGCCUCAUCUUCACUGCAGCUCCGGAGACCAGCCCCACCACCGCAUACUGAGGCUCACUCAGGACUGCAAAAGAUACACACGCAUACACACACAUACACAUACAUACUUAUGGCAGUGCCAGUACACACACACACACACACACACACACACACACACACACACACACACACACA